AUGCCUUCCCAGGACACGCCGGUCAUCUACGCGGAGCUCCUGGCAAACAUCCGCCAGCUGUCCGUCGCAGUGACCCUACCCUCGCCUGCCGAAAGAAGCACGCAAGGCAGCGUCUCGCCAGAUGGUUCAACGCUGCACAUUGCACACGCAGGCACACAAACGCCGUUCUCCCUCCCAGGCAACGUCGUCGCGCCCAGGAACGGCGUCCUCCCCGCAUCGCACCCGGGCUCUCGCGUCCUCUCAUGGCGCCUGCCUCUGUCUGACGCAUCGGCGCCGCUGGCACGCGGGCCGGUGGACGAGCCCGUGCCGUGGGCGGCAACCGAUCUGCUGUCGGAGUCGGCGGUGGCUUGCAGGGGCUGCGCGGCGACGGUAGUCCCGGAGGGCACGGCGAAGGAGUGGAAAGACCUGCCGAGCGAGAACUGGGCUGAGAUGAUGGACUUUUGGCACUGCCACAAGCCGACGGAUCAUGAGCACGAUCACGAACCUGAGCACCUUGCCAAGCGUGGCUACGGCGCCAACUCGAGCAUCGCGGCGCAGAACGGCGUGGGUCUGGUUGACCUUACGUCUCUCCUGUUUACUGAAGCCGACUGCUCGGGACUCGUGUUCUCUUGCUCCUCUUACGAAGCCGGCUCAGAAACCAGCUCAGCAGUCUUGGCUGGUGAAGCGGACCCUCCACCGCGGAUGCUCUACGUUUUCUGCUCCGGCUGCAAGACCCAUGUCGGCUUCUUCAACGUCGCCAUCUCGUCCGUCCUUCUCUUCAAGUGGCAAGUGUCAUGCCGGACGGCCGUUGAGAGCACCCCGCCCAGCAGCUCCGACUGUCUCGCUGCGUCGCUGACUGCAACCCUGUCGCGGUCCGGCUCGUCCAAGUCGGUGGUGGUGCCGACGUUCUCAUCGCCCCAGACCGCGAACAGCGGCAGUGAUGAUUCGUCGCCUUCAUUGCACCUGUGGAUUCUGAACAGUAACAUCGCGUAUGCCUCCUCCGGGCGCGAGGGCAAGCGGUCUGCCAUCAAGCUGCUGUAUCGAGAGAUACUCCAGCAUGAGGCGGACGCGAUGCUGGAGACCAUGACGUCGGAUGUGCAGGAGGUGAAUCUUCCCAUGGCGGAUAUUUCUCGAGCAGCGGAGGUUCUGCGGAGCAGCACCGAGCUACUUCCGCCGAGUGAGCGAGUUUUCAAGGAAUGGAAUGUCGGCUUAUUGGAUAAGUGGCAGGCGGGCAGCGUGCCAUGA